CACAUGAUUUCUUAGCCAUUUUUUGUUCUUGCGUUCUUCCUCAGCGAAGGGUCGAAAAGGAGUAGCAACGAUACACGGUAUAGCGCAGGUUUGCAGCAGCUCUGAGACUUUGUUUAGUUCCGCCCAUAACACGCCCAUCUUCUCACCAUAAAUAGUACCAGUCAGACAGAGGUGCCCGCUCCUCUCUCCCCGCUGUUACCUGCUCCCAGGACCGAGGUGCCUGCCCUACCCAGCCCGGUGUUAGCCGACAAUGGAGACAGAAAUUGAGCAACAAGAAAAAGAGACCUCAUUCAGCAACACAGAGACAAACGGUAAGCGUCCCACAGAAGACGUGGAGGAAGAGCAGUCCUUUAAGCGCUCCAGGAACACAGACGACAUGGUGGAGCUCCGCAUACUCCUGCAGAGCAAAAAUGCAGGAGCAGUGAUUGGGAAGGGUGGUAAAAACAUCAAAUCCCUGCGCACAGACUUCAAUGCCAGUGUGUCAGUCCCAGACAGCAGUGGGCCUGAGCGCAUUCUGAGCAUCAGUGCUGAAAUCGAGACCGUGGGAGAGAUCCUCCUCAAGAUCAUCCCUACUCUGGAGGAGUACCAACAGUAUAAUGGGAUGGACUUUGACUGUGAGCUGAGGCUACUGAUCCACCAGAGCCUGGCAGGUAGCAUCAUUGGUGUGAAGGGAGCCAAGAUCAAAGAGUUACGAGAGAACACCCAGACCAGCAUCAAGCUGUUCCAGGAAUGCUGUCCCCAGUCCACGGACCGCGUGGUUCUGGUCUGCGGAAAGUCUGAGCGCGUCGUUGAGUGCAUCAAGAUCAUGCUGGAGCUCAUCGCUGAGGCUCCCAUAAAAGGGCGCGCCCAGCCCUACGACCCCAACUUCUACGACGAGACCUACGACUACGGCGGCUUCACCCUGAUGUUUGAGGAGCGCGGGGGUGGCGGCAGCCGGCGCCCCAUGGGGGGCUUCCACAUGCGAGGGGGACGAGGUGGCGGAGGUUUUGACCGAGGGCCUUCUGGACGAGGGGGUCGAGGGGGGCCCGUGCCUCCCGCCCGCAGGGACUACGAGGAGAUGAGCCCCCGUCGUGGACCCCCGCCUCCCCACCCAGUGAGAGGGGGGAGGGGUGAGAGUCGUGACCGCAACCUGGCCCCACCACACAGAGGAGGAGGAGAUGACCAGUACUCCUAUGACUCCUAUCGAGGCAGUGCAGAUGCCAGACCCAACAGUGACCGAAGAGGGAGACCAGGAGAUCGCUAUGGUGAUAACAUGGGUGGGGGUGGAUAUGAUAACAACUCUUCCUGGGACUCCUAUCAGUCUGGUGGACGCGGUUCCUACAAUGAUAUGGGAGGGCCAGUCAUCACCACACAAGUGACGAUCCCUAAAGAUCUGGCCGGCUCCAUCAUCGGUAAGGGAGGUCAGAGGAUCAAGCAGAUCCGGCAUGAGUCUGGCGCCUCUAUUAAGAUCGACGAGCCACUGGAGGGUUCUGAGGAUCGCAUCAUCACCAUCAGUGGCACCCAGGACCAGAUCCAAAACGCUCAGUACCUAUUGCAGAAUAGCGCACUGCACCUGCUCGGACACCAGGACUAACCCUCGCCUCCGACUAGGCCCGCAUCACGUGCUCUCUCCCCAUCUCAGACUCUCCCAACCCCCUCUCCCACCCUCAACCACCUCUCCCACCCUCAACCACCUCUCCCACCCUCAACCACCUCAACCACCUCUCCCACCCUCAACCCCUCUCCCACCC